UGUUUUACUGAUUAGAUGGAGCGAAGUGACGGCACGACAGGCCAGAAUCAACACAAGGGGAAAUACCUUCUGGAGUAUGUUUGUCGACAACUGAACUUAGCAGAGAAGGAUUAUUUUGGACUUCGUUAUGUAGAUGCCACACGACAAAGGCACUGGUUAGACCCGGCAAAAUCUGUGAUAAAACAAGUCAAAGAUAUGGAUCCUAUAUUGUUCAGCUUCCGUGUAAAGUUUUAUCCACCAGACCCCUUCAGACUGAAGGAGGAAAUAACUCGAUACCAGAUCUACUUGCAGCUCAAGAGAGAUCUUCUCCAUGGACGCCUGUACUGUACGCCGUCAGAAGCAGCCCUGCUGGCUGCUUAUAUAAUUCAGUCGGAGUUGGGUGAUUAUGAUCCAGAAGAGCAUGAAGAUAAUUAUGUCUCAGACUUCAAACUGUUGUUAAAGCAAACACCAGAAAUUGAGGGAAAGAUAAUGGAGCUGCACCAAACACAACUCAGAGGGCAGACACCAGCACAAACAGAAACCAAUUUUCUGAGGAAAGCCUGCCAGCUGGAUACAUAUGGUGUUGAUCCUCAUCCUGUAAAGGAUCACAGAGGAAACCAGUUAUAUCUUGGGAUAAACCAUUGUGGUAUCUUAACAUUCCAAGGCAGUCGCAAGACACAUCACUUUCGUUGGAGUGAGGUUCAGAAAAUAAAUUAUGAAGGGAAAAUGUUUAUUGUUCACCUUACAUAUAAUGAGAAAAAACAUACAGUUGGUUUCAAAUGUCCUACUGGGGCAGCUUGUCGCCAUGUCUGGAGAUGUGCCAUAGAACAGAUGCUUUUUUUUACACUUCCCUCGAGUUCUGAAGCACCUUCAGUGGUGACAGGUGGCAGUUUCUUUUCCUGGGGAACAAAGUUUCGAUACACUGGUCGAGUUGAGAAAGAAAUUCUUGAAGAUUCUGGUCCACUGAGAAAGGAAGAGCCAUCAAUAAACAGGAAUUUUCGCUCAUCUAGUUUGCGGCGGAAGGCUUCCAGUGUUCCAGCCACUCCUUCAACACCUAUUGGCUCGGAACUGGGUGAGAUUAGGUAUGGAAGUCUCCCAAGAGCCAAUCAUUCUGCGCCAACCUCAGAUGCACGACUGGAUGCCAGCGGAAAUAUUUUGUGUGGAUCUGAUGUUCCACUUUCAUCACCUUACUGCACAGACUCUGCACUGCCACUUCUUGAGACUGUUGCUGAAGAUCAAGAAAUAACAGGGAAGCAUCGGUUACAAGCUGAGGAUAUUGAUGCAUUUAUUAAGCAUGAAAAAAAACAGAAUUCACCAUCACGCACUUCUACCACACAAUGCAUGGUCCCUUGCACUUCCACACCCAAGGGAGACAUUGUUUAUGAAUCAAAUCUGGAUAAUGGGUUUGAAAAACAUCAGAAAGCAACAGAAGAAAAGAAUGUAACUGACGGCAUUAAGGAACCUUCCCAACACAAAUUAGGUCUGAAGGAUGGUGAAAAUGUGCAGCAUGGUUUUGAUGACUAUUACUUCCGCGACUCGUUUGAGCACUCGUCAUCGGAGUCGCAACUAAUGGAGCUCGGUCUCAAGCAGACACACCUGGGUACAACACCCACCAGGACACAACCUCCACCUAUACAAGCACCUCCUACCUCUUCACAGGUGGGACUUGUAUCGGCGCAACAUUCGGGUGGCACUAAUCGUCGAUUCAACAUUUUUCGUGUGUUUGUGCCAUCAUUUCUAGUUGUUGUGGCAUCACUAGUUAUUGGUACUGUGUUUAUACUCGAGCUGGACUGUGAAACAUUUAGCACUCUGCGGCGAUGGCCAGAAAUGGUAGUAUUGCGGCAUGAUUAUUACGAACCUAUGAAGGAAUACUUACGGAGGCAUUUUGUAGGCUGGUUAUCGUAGAAUAACAGUGAAACUUUUAUUGUUACCUGUGCCUAGGGACUUUGACCCACACCUACAGUAGUGGUGCAAUAAUGACUGUACCAGACAGCUGUAACAUGCAUGUAGGUUUUCUUUGGAAAUGCUUUUUCUGUGAGACUAACAGCGAAGGGAAAUCUGCAGGGAUACAUACUGUCCACUCUGUACGUAAACGUAACUGGUUUCUAGUGCAAGACUUUCUGAAACAUUUGGGAACUUUUUUACAUAUUAAUAAAUGUCCUCCUUCACAGCUUUUAUGGGACUUCAAACUAACUAAUGAACAGUUUUUUAAAAACGCUGAUUUAAAUUCUCCCUGUGCGCCUUCCGUUACUCCUCAAAGUGCCUGCAACCACUGUUGGCAGUGGUUAUUCCAUUUCUUCUUGCCCCAAAUUUUUGUGGUAUCUUUCAUCAGAGUAAUACCUAUUUACAUAUUUUGUUACCAUACAGCAUUAAUAGGAACAAGUACUGAUGGGGCCAAUAAAAAUGUGGCCUAAGUAAUGCUGCUGUUGCUCUGUAUGAAAGUUAUGGAUAUAAAAGAUUGUGCUUUCACAUAUAUCACAUUGUCAAUUAUAAAUGAAAUCUUUGUUAUUUUUAAUAGUUUUUAAAAAUGGUUGGUAUAACUGUGUAACAGAGAUGCAAGCUUUUGUUUUUAAAUAACAAACACAGCCAGAAGGCUUGUUUCAGAUUGAAUGACAACUGUUUAAUUGUUUUACUGAAUAAUCAACAAAAAUCUAUGUUAUCAUCAUGAUAUUUGAUGAGGUGCACAUUCCACAUUAUCACUGUUAUAAAUAAUGGACUUUUAAUGUAUCUAACUGUGAUCCAGAAUUGAAAGUACAAAAUGUACUGCGCGAAAAGGAUGUUUUAAGUUUUAAAAGUCUAAUGUAAUGAAAUUUUAUUUAUUUAUUUAAUCUGUGUUCAAACAACGUACUCACUGAAGAUGAUUUCAUGGCACAUUCUGUGUUCUUUAAGAAAGAAAUGUAAGGAAAUGUUUUAAUGUAUACAUUCCAUAAGCAUUUUAUUGUAUUAUUAUAAAUGUAGAGUUACAUUCCUUUAUUUUUAAUAAGUAGACAAUGACAGUAUAGCCUCCACCUCUUCCACUCUUCUUUCAUUCAGGUGCUUUCUGCUGUUUAUGGAACUGAGUGCAGCAAUAAAUAAUACAAAUUUGGAAUGAAGGUCAAUCAGUUUACAUUUCAUUUCCUGUCUAACUAAUGUGUUUUAAUAAAGUACUUCUAGUUUGUGUUCUCUUGUGUAUGCUGUAUCAUAUUCUUAACUCUUCUAAAGACGAACAUAUAAAAUGAACAUACAUGAUCACUAUUAGAAUAUAAUAUAGCUUGCAAUUACUGUCCUGCGUGCCAUAUGCCCUCAUAAGAUAGAUCACUAUGAGGUGGAUACCAAUGGCAUAUUGACAGAUACCAUACUUCUCACAGAUCAGUAUUUAGCUUUGAAAGAAGACAUUCAUGUACAAAAAAUGUUCUAGAAUCCCACAAAGAAGUGGCAUAACAAUACAGACAAUUAAGAGGAAAAAUUCCUAAAACAAUUUUAGUACUUGCCAGACAACUGUAAAAAAUUCAAGUGAUCUACAUUAAGGUGUCUGCCUGUUUCAUACUUGUCAUAAUGUGUAACGCAUCUAUUAUUCCCGAGUAUUCUCCAGAGAUUUCAGUGUUUACUGUUGAGGCAAUUACAAAUAUACAGUAACAUAUUUCACAUUGUGCAGCACCUUUUGGCAUCAUCUGACAGCUCUCAGAUGAAAGAAUGAAUCCAACUUCUGAAAACAACCAUAAUGGUCAACUUUUAUUCAACUCUGGCUUAUUAACUUCUUUUCAACCUGUGGUACAACUAAACCUUAAACACAUACCUGUCAUACAAUAAAACAAUGCACCUUUCUGCAAGACAGGAAUGUGAGCUACAACCAGUACACACAUGCUGAACAAUCUCAUUCUUUUUACUCAGUGAUUUUCCUCAGCAUUUAUUUAGAUGGAUGCUAAGCUAGUUCCCCAGUUUCAUCUCAGAACCACAACAGAGUUUACAAACAUACAAAUGACACACACAACAUUCUUCCUCUAACACUAACGAGAGCAAAAAAAGAAAUCACUAGGAUGUACACACACACACACACACACACACACACACACACACACACACACACACACAAAAUCAGGAAAAUCAUAUAGAGUGAAAAUUAUGACCAGAUACUGACUAAUAUGAACAGUAUUUCUGAAAUAAGCAAGUUUUUAAUAAGAAGAAAAAUACUGUAAAUAUCAUUAAAAUAUAUUUUUGUCAUCCAUAUUCUACAUACUUUAAUCUACUUUAAAUAUUUUCCGUUAUUGUUCAAACAUAUGUCAUACUGCUCAAUGCAUUUUGAAUUUGAUGUCAAAGACAUCUGCCGCCUGUGAAGAAACCCAUUCCAGGGCUGCAGCUUUUGCUACUACUUUAACCACUGACCACCAGGGGACUCCAUUAAUUACUGUAGCAGGUAAAAAUCACUUGUGUAAGGACUGGACAGUGAAGUAGAUGAUCCAAUUGUUCCUGCCCAAAAGACAUGACCAGAUCUCAUGUUUGUACAGAAACAUGGGGCUUCCACUGUCAUGGAGCAACAUCACACCAGAGCACAGCAGACCACUCUGCUUGUUUCAUAUGGCACACCAGAAUUAAGAAUCUAAUUAUAGACUGUAUCUCACAGUUGGCAGGUAACUCAAUAUUCUUAAACAUUAUAAACUUUGACAGCUCAGCAACAGUGGGCUGCAAAUGGCAUCCAAACACACACAAGGCAUGCUGGAAGUAGACGUGCAUAUGUACUGAGGCAGUUAUAUGUUUUUUCUCUCAUUCACAAAUGGAGCCUAUUUACAAAACACCCCUCAUAUUUAGGUAUCAAAGAAUCUGUAAUAAAAUCUACAGUUCAACUGAUCACAAGCCACUACAGCAAAUUCCAAAAGAAAACUGUUUAGAUCUGAAAGCCCUUGCAAUUAUAAACAGAAAUGAACCAUUUAUUUGGUGAUGUUGCUCUCAAGCAACUGGGCUUUCUUAUUGUCUUGUGGACAGCCUUUAGAAAUACAGGCCACUUCUUGUCAGUGCUGCUGUCUCUUAACAUUCUCUGAACAUGAUUCAACACAUUGUCGUUUCAAUUAAUGGUUGAGAGGUACACAGAAAUCAUUUGAGUGCAUGUAACAGUUGGCAGUGACUAAGCUGUGUAGUGUUCUAAAGUCUUAUAUGGUUUACUUGGUACAACUUGGAAAGGGUAUUAUUUGUAGAAAAAUGUCUGCCAUUGUAACAUGGGGUGUUCUUUGUGGUUUAUAAGCAAAUCUGAAGGACAACACGAGACAAAACAUACUUGUUGAAAAAUAACAUCACAGCUUACAGAUAUGAGGGUGAGUCAAAUGAAAACAUUAAAUAUUUUUUUAAAUAUUAUUUAUUGUGCAGAAGUGGUACAAAGCUGUAUCACUUUUCAACAUAAUCUCUCCCACGCUCAAUGCAAGUCCUCCAGUUCUUACAAAGCACAUAAAUUCCUUCAGGAAAAAAUUAUUUUGGUAGUCUGUGCAACCACUCACGUGCCGCGUGACGUACCUCUUCACCAGAAUGGAACUACUUUCCCCUCAUUGCAUCUUUGAGUGGUCCAAACAUAUGGAAAUCACUUGGGGCAAGGUCUGGUGAGUAUGGUGGAUGAGGAAGACACUCAAAAUGCAGGUCUGUGAUUGUUGCAACUGUUGUACGGGCAGUGUGGGGCCUUGCAUAGUCAUGUUGCAAAAGGACACCUGCUUACAGCAAUCCAUGUCACUUUGAGUUGAUUGCAGGCCGCAGAUGAUUUUUUAGAUCUGUGUGAGAUGCACUGUUGAUAGUGGUUCCUAUAGGCAUGUAAUGUUCCAAAAUGAUGCCUUUUUCGUCCCAAAAGAAUCAGCACAGCCUUCCCUGCUGAUGGUUCUGUUCGAAACUUCAUUGGUUUUGGUAAUGAGGAAUGGCGCCAUUCCUUGCUCGCUCUCUUCGUUUCUGGUAGGUGGAAGUAACCCAGGUUUCGUCCUCAGUAAAGAUUCUUGCAAGGAUGCCAUCACCUUCUCGUUCAAUUCGCUGAAGACUUUCUUCACAAGCAUCAACACAUUGUUCUCUCAUUUCAUUUCAGGAGUCAGCUGCCUUGGCAUCCAUCUUGCAGACACUUUGUGAAACUGGAGCACAUCAUGCACAAUGUGGUGUGAUGACCCAUGACUAACCUGUAAAACAUGCUGCAAUGUCAUUCAGUGUCACUUGGCCGUUUUCCUUCACUAUGGCUUCAACUGCUGCAAUGUUCUGUGGAGUCACAACUCGUGCAUGACCUGGAUGAGGAGCAUCUUCCACUGAAGUCUCACCAUUUGCAAACUUCCUACUCCAUUCGUAGACUUCUUUCAAAAUUGCCUUCAAGAAGCAAAAAAAGUUCCUGUUGCUCUAACAAACAAACUGAUGCACAAAGUGUCCAAAUGGACCAUGUUUUAGUCCACGUUGCUUGGUCAGAUACGAGAACUGCGAGAGGAGUAUGAAACAUUAUGUUAUGAAAUUUCUAAAUCAGAUUCGGGUGCACUAAAAGCCAAUGUUAAACUUCUAGAGCAGAAGAACUCCAAGCUGAUAGAAAAAGCGACUAUGUAUAUUCCUUCAUAUGCCGCUGUUGCAGCUUCGCAAAAACCAAAGCUAAGUAGAAAAGCUGAAAUACAGAAAUCAGCUAACAGAAAAAAUAACACACACUUUCUUAUACAGAAUAAGAAGAAAGACAUCAAUGAUGUAAAGAAAGAACUUACUGAUGCAAUAAAUCUGAGGAUAGACAAGAUUAGCCCUCACAGAGGACACCACCUUAUCAAAGGGACCUUUAGUGCCAGUUUGCGUGCUUCGACAAAGUCAGAAGCUGUGCCGGUGAUAGCCUAGCUACUGGCAGGGUCACCCAAGCUGGAGUGGUCUCGAAUGGGGAUCCAGAUGAAGUGUCUCCCACAAUAUAGGGCAGGGUGGGCUCUAGAGGCAUGAUGAAGCCAGCUUUCUUACGGGAGACAACCCUGACAGAAAAUCAUGCAGGUCUCAAUACUUAAGAGGUGGCAGUCCUAUCACGUGACUUAACCUGUGCAGCACUCACUCAUAACACAGCCAAGGGAUUAAAAAAUUAUUGGCAAACUCACAAACAGCCUCAGAUACAGGACUAGAUCAUCUGGAGAUAACCGGAAAAUCUUAAAGGACAAACAAUUUGGCAUUACGGAUUAUAUGUCUGUGGCAACGUGGAAUGUUUGAGGAUUGACCAAUAAAGGAAGAGAGUUAAAAAAAAGUACUCAAAGAGAGGAAAGUAAACACUGAAAUAAUAACAGAAACUAAGGAAAAAACUAAAAGAAACAAAAGAUUUGACAGACUACUAGAUGGCUUACACAAUGGGGUCCCACAAGGAAAGCAAGCUAGUGCUAGAGUAGCAGUUUUGAUCAAUGAUGCAUAGAGUGGAAAGAUUCGUGAAUACAGCUACUUAAAUGAAAGAAUAAUGACAAUCGGAUUUCAAAUUCCAAGAGGUUAUCUAAUAGUUAUAGGUCUUUAUGGUACAGAAGGAAUCAAGGAUGAUACUUAUACUUUUUAUAACGAUCAUCAGCAAGAAGUGAACAAAAUCAACAAGACAGACGAUGUUAUCACUGGAGAUUUUAAUGCAAGAGUUGGAAUCUACCAAUGCCAGGAGUAGUAGGACAAUUUGAAGAAAACACUCUUAAUAAUAAUGGCCAGGAAUUAGGCUAAUUUGCUUCCUUCAAUAAUUUUAAUAUUACUACCACAUUUUACAGAAAGAAAGAAAUUCAUAAGUUUAAAUGGACUGCACGAGGAUUAAAGGCUGUGGCUGGUUAUGUACUAAUUAAUAAGAAACUGAAGAAUCUUAUGGAAGAUAAUGUAUUUAUAGAGGAAGCAACACAGGUGGCAAACACUUCCUUUUAGGCAGUAAGAUAGGGCAAGUACCAAAAUGAAAGAAAAUAAUUUCCAAGUGAACCCACAACAUGAGUUGUUCAAGAUACAUCUACUGUCGAAAAAUAGUAAUAGGAAACUUU